AUGGACAUCACCAAGUUCAUUGUCGACUUCCGCGAGUCCGCUUUUCUCCUCGGCGAUUACAGCAGCUACCGUGCGCAAUUAUCGCGUAGACUGCGCAUUGUGCGCAAGAAGCUGGGGAGAGCCACGCCGAAAAACGCAAAAUUCGCUGCCAAAGACGGCGUCACAGCGGCCGAGAUUGGCGAGAAUGUCGAGUAUGUCCACCCCAUGCUCGCGCGUCGCCCUUUUUUUACGGCUGGAAGUGGUGGUUGUGCAACUCGUGUACACAGUAUAUAG